UUAAUAGCCAAGUAUCAAACGAAGUUGGAGAAAAAGGCACAAGAUUUGGGAGUCAACAACAUAGACGAACUACACAACAAAUUAAAAGAUGAAAUAGAACUUAAGAAGAAGGAGCUCAACAAGAUCGAUCCACUUGCUGAGUUGGAAGAGUAUGAACGUAGACAAGCCGAGGAAAUCGCCAAAGAUCCAAACUCCAAAACCAUCAAGGUUAGAUCACCUAUUGCCAAAGACACACCAAAGUUGCCUUACAAGGACUUGAAUGCCUAUGUUGAUGUAGAAAAGGUUAAAGAGUUGCCUCGUAAGGAGUUAGAGUUCAUCUGGAAAGCACGCUUCCAUUCGAAGGAAAGAACUUUACAUGCUGUAUUGGAAGAUCUCCAAUUUGCUUCCAUGUAUGUGAAUGCAUUCAAGAAUCCUAGUUUCAUCUUGCCAUUGCCUAAGAACAGCGAUGGCUACGAAAUGCAUUUUGUACAAUGGUCGUUUGUUGGUCCCCAGACUACGCAUUGCAUGUUGACCACUGUAGCUGAGUAUAAGCUUCAUAAGGAGUAUGCUAAGCCGCACACGACAUUAAUGUUCCAUCAGGAUUUGGCACAAGAAAAAGGUGUAGUGUUGAUGAAUGGUCACUGUGAAACAGAAAGCCUGUUGUCUAUGGAUGAAGCUCAGCUUCUUGUGCUUAAUGUUCAGAGGUUUUACGGUGGCUUAGGAAAGCAUGAACUGGCACUUGCUUUGCUCAGAGAUUUCACCUCUGGUAGCGAGAAAUUUGAUAUGGACAAGUUGAUUGCUGAAGCAACCAGUUUCCAGUAG